CAACUUUUAUUUCUUUUGAGUUACCAUAUAACCAUUACACUGUGUUAUACUCAGUUGUAGUUUGAGGAAGUUGGCAUGGCCUUUGUCCUUGGUUCUGGGGUGCUCUGCUGUGUAUCGAUUCAGCUGGCUCUCUCCCUUUGAUUCUCUGCUCAAAAUGUCAUAUCUGGGAGAUCUUUUCUGACAUCCUUUUAUAAAAGAAUACUCACAACUCCUCCCCCCCCCCCCCCCAUACUCUUGUCUGCUUUACCCUGUGCAAAGUAUUUUUCUUUGAAUGUAUAAACACCUGACCUUUAUUACCAAGUAAUGCAUUUAUUUUUUCAUACUCUUCUUCACACUAUAAUGUAAAUUCUAUGUCUAAAUGUAAUGACAAGUACUUUAGUUCAUUGCUAUAUUUUCAGUAUUGGAAAUACUGGCUCAUAAUAAUUAGUUUUAUGGAGACAAGGAAUGAAUCAAAUCCAAUUCUUUUUUUUUUUAAUUUCUCAUUUUUUCAAUAUGUAUUCAUUUUUGAGGGGGGUGGUGAGGGGCAGAGAGAGGGAGACAGAGGAUCUGAAGCAGGCUCGGUGCUAACAGCAGGGAGCCUGAUGUGGGGUUUGAACUCACGAACUGUGAGAUCAUGACCUGAGCUGAAGUCAGAUGCUCAGUCGACUGAGCCACCCAGGCACCCAGAAUCAAAUCUAAUUCUAACUGCAGCAAAACCUUUUUCUAUUUAUAGAAAUUGGCUAAGAGUUUCAUAAACAGUUAAAUUUCUUCAUUAAUACUUUUGUUUCUUGUAGGUCAGUAAUACAGCUAUGUAAGUAACUUAGUGUCCACUAGAGGGAGGCAUGUGCUUAUGGAAAAAUCUUUCAGGUUCCUUUGAAAAAAUGAACCUUGUGGAUAAAAGUUUUCCAAAUAAAAUGAUUUGAAAAUAAAAUACAAAAUACUCAGUUAAGCCUCAGUAUUCUAUUCUGGGUAUAUAAGGGAAUAUACAUAUAAAUUAAUAUGGAAAAAUCUGUGACCUUGUUAGCCAAUAGACAGCACAUUCCAGCAGCUUUCAGGCAUGUAUCUAUAUUAACUAGGAAAAUAAUCCUGAAAACUACACCAGGGCAACAGUUGAGUAAGUACAGUUACAGUCAUUUGUAGCUGUAAAUUGGUUGACCUUUUCUGGAUUUUAGAUUUGCAAUAAAUAAUGGUAAUAAUUAAUCCAUAGCACAAAAUUACCAAUUUCAGAAUAUAUGUUUUCAAGGGAUAACAAAAAAAGAAACUUAACUGAUAUAAAGACAUUCCUAAAAAUAGUAUUUAUAAUACUGAAAACACCAGAAUUAACUCUAAUGCCCAAGAAAAGGAAAUAGUUGGGCAAUUUGGAAUAGUAAUUAAAAUUCACAAAUAAUAUGGCAAGACCUUAUUUAUUUAUUUAUUUAAAUUUGUUUUUGAGAGAGAGACAGAAUCUGAAGCAGGCUCCAGGCCCUGGGCUGUAAGCACAGAGCCUGACAUGGGACUUAAACUCAUGAACUGUGAGAUCAUGACCUGAGCUGAAGUUGGACGCUUAACUGACUGAGCCACCCAGGCGCCCCAAGACCUUAUUUUGUUGAGUCAGAGGUGCCAUUGAUUAAUAAAAUGCAGACCAGUAUCAUAGAUGGAAAAAAAUGUGAGAAUAUGCAUCUUAUUUGGUGGAAUAUUUGUGUCUUACUUGAUGGAAUGGGUGGAACCUAUUUUUUUUAAUGUUUAUUUAUUUUGAGAGAGCGGCAGAGCAAGUGUGAGUGGGGAAGGGACACAGAGGGGGAGAGAGAAUCCCAAACCGGUUCUUCACUGACAGAGCAGGGCUCGAUCCCACGAACGAGCCCUGGGAUCCCGUGAUCCCAUGUGAGAUCAUGACCUGAGCCAAAACCAAGAGUCAGACACUUAACUGACUGAACCACCCAGGCAUCCCAAAGGAGUGUUUUUGAAGUACAUUAAAGCUUCAUAAUUAAUAAAGGGAACUUGAUUGGGAGCCAGCCUGAUUCAACCACACCAAAAUAGCAAAAAAAAAUUCUAUUACCACAAAAUAGUAAUACUACCAUCUUUUAAUUCAGAAUCUGUUUUGAAAUUAGAGUAAAAUGUAGUACAGCCUAAUUAAAAUGACCAAAACCAGAACUUUAGGAAGUUCAAGUCUACCUUUUUUAGUGUUGAUUAUUCUAGGGAAAAGUUCUUACUUUUUUUGUCCUUUUAGAGGCUGUGAUAAAAUCAGUAGUAAAAGCAGAGUGAAUCUUUUGUCUAAGAGGCAGCUGAUCCCUCCAAGAUCAGAUAUUGUCAGAAUUUUAAAAAUUAAUUAACUAAUUAAUUAAUUUUUUAGGUUUAUUUAUUUAUUGAGAGAGAGAUGGGGGCAGAGGGGCAGAGGGGCAGAGAGCAUGAGAAUCCCAAGCAGGCUCUGCGUUGUUAGCACAGAGCCCGAUGUGGAGCUCGAACCCAUGAACUGGGAGAUCAUGACCUGAGCCAAAAUCAAGAGUCAGACAUUUAGGGGCUCCUGGGUGGCUCAGUCGGUUGAGCAUCUGACCUCGGCUCAGGUCAUGACCUCAUGGCUCGUGAGUUCGAGCCCCGCAUCGGGCUCUGUGCUGACAGCUCAGAGCCUGGAGCCUGUUUCCGAUUCUGUGUCUCCCUCUCUCUCUCUGCCCCUAACCCACUUGCAUUCUGUCUCUGUCUCUCUCAAAAAUAAAUAAACAUUAAAAAAAAAAAAAAAAAAGUCAUUUAACUGACUGAGCCACCCAGGUGCUCCAGAUUUUUUUUUUUUAAGAUUUUAUUUUUAAUCUACACACAACAGGGGGCUCAGAUACAGCCCCAAGAAGAAGAGUUGCAUGCUCUACUGACUGAGCCAGCCAGGCACCUCUGUUGUCAGAUUUUUAUUUUUCCACUGGUUCCAGCCCACUCAUCCCAUCAUUAAAAAUUUCUUGGCCUCUUGCUAACUUAGGGAUAAAGAAGAGACAUUUCUAUCCAUCUCAGUAUGGUAGAAUGUUGUGUGUAAGAACACAAAUACAGGCGUCACCCUGAGCUGUGGCCCGCACUGCGAUGCUGGGCACGUUCCUGGGCCUGUGCUACCACGAGCUGGCCACAACCUGGAUCCCCACAGCAGGCAUGUGGGGCACUGUGGGCACGGUAGGGCUGGUACGGGCCAUGGGCUGCCAGCUGAUUCUGGACUGGGUGCCCUAUAUUAAUGGCAAAUUUAGGAAGGAUGAUUAGGUAAACUGACCCUUCUUGGAUCCCUCUGGUGUCUGCUGGUGUUGUCUCCUUCCAUGUUAGCUCCUGCUGUACCUGGAACAGCCCCCGCCCUCAGGAAAGGCCCCAAGGAUAUCUACAGCAUGACUUAGGACUCCAUGUUUGUGAAAAUGGCUUUCAUGUUUGAAUACACACAGCAUUAAACCUUGCUCUGAAAAAGAGCAAAACAAAACACACGCUGUGACUGGACUCCCUGGGUUAGAAUCCUAGCUGUGUGAUCUUGACAAGUUGCUCAACCUCUGUGUGCUUUGUGUCCCCAUCUAUGAAGUUGGUGUGGCAAUAAUUUUGUCAUGGGGUUGUCGGGAUUAAACAGUCCACUAUUAAUGAAAUACUGGGGAUGGAUGCUUGUGUUGCUGUCUACUCAAUAUGUAGGAUGAAAACGUAGUCGUCCUUGCUUACGGAGAAUGAAAGUUGGUAAAACAAGAUAGCCUAAACAAACGUAAAAGAAAUGAAUGUUGUUUGGUAGGACCUGGAAGCAGAGGUAUUUAGAGUUGGAAUUACUGUAACAUUGGAGGCGUUUUGGAGGAGAAAACACAGUGUAAGAAAACUUGCCAUAAUUUUAUACUCCACUGUUAACCGAGCUACCUACAAACGGACUUUGCUUUGCCGU